UGUUUGUCCUUACAGUAUUUACACCAAAGUUUUAGGCCCCCUGCAGUGUUAUGGGGGAGUAAACCAGCAGAGCCCUGUUACAUGCAGAGACACUGAAGACCACUGCUUCACCGUCACAGUCCAGAAUGUGGCCACAAUCACUGGAUGUGCUUCACAAAGUGCCUGUAACAAUAUGGCCUAUAUUGGAGUGUACUUUGGGGUGCCUUCGAGUGCGACCACCAGCUGCUGCACAGGAUCGCUCUGUAACCUGGCAAAACCAGAAUCGAAUUCUUUGGUCUGCUACACCUGCACAAGCUCCAGCCCCGGCCAGUGUACAACUCGGCUCUCCGUCUGUGAUCCUUCAUUCACCACCUGUGGGAGUUUUGCACUGCAAGUUGUAGAAAAUGGCAUGUCCAGCACACAAUAUUAUCAGAGCUGCGCCUACCCAGGAAUCUGCAAUUCCCCCUUGUCCUUUAACUUUGGGGUCCUCAGUGCCAAUGUCAAUGCCCAGUGCUGCACGACAAACCUCUGCAACCCGGUGAACUCAGUAACAGUGUCUCCACAAACUCUGAAUUCUUUGACGUGCUAUUUUGGAGUAAACGGCAACAUCAAGGGGACUAUCCAGUGCAAAGGAAGUGAAACCCUCUGCUUCACAAUUGGACUGAAGAAUGCAGGAACAGUCAGAGGAUGCACUUCGCAGGGCGUCUGUGACAACUAUGAAAUAGUCAUCAGCUUUUUUGGUGACACCCCAACAACAAAACCCAUGUGCUGCAGUGGAAACUUAUGCAAUAGCAGCUGGAGGCCAAGAUGGAGUCUCAUUUUGUAUCUGCUUGUGCUGACAGCGGUGACCUUCUUCUACUAAAUUUCUGCAGACCUAAGAUGGUCAUGGAAGGCUGGCCUCUGUCACUUGGCACCCCAUUGAUUCUGCAUGCUGUACUUUUUCCUUUGACUUGUCAUGUGUAAUUAAUUGUUUUUAAAAUUAGAGAUUUUCUGUCCUUGAGUAGUCUGUAAAAGGCACUAUGUUAAAUAAACAUUAACACUAUAUGCGGAUUAAAAAACAAAAGGAAGCUGUGACUUGAUUGGAAAUCCUCUGGGGACUAACAGGCCAUGUAAUGUUAGUAGAAGAUGGUGUGCGCAUUACAUGUGAGUGUGU